AUGUCCAUCAUGGACCACAGCCCCACGACCGGUGUGGUCACGGUUAUCGUCAUCCUCAUUGCCAUCGCUGCCCUGGGGGCCUUGAUCCUGGGCUGCUGGUGUUACCUGCGGCUGCAGCGCAUCAGCCAGUCAGAGGACGAGGAGAGCAUCGUGGGGGAUGGCGAGACCAAGGAGCCCUUCCUGCUGGUGCAGUACUCGGCCAAGGGACCGUGCGUGGAGAGGAAGGCCAAGCUGACCCCCAAUGGCCCUGAAGUCCACGGCUGA